CUGAUGCUAGCUCUUGUCAACACGCAGAUGUUACUGCAAGCCAAGUGCUUUCAGCGCUUAGCAAUCCCAAGCGUCGUCAGAUUACUGCAUAAAGAUUAUAAAUCAGUGACCCCCCAGAAUUUCUCUGAUUAUGAAUCUAUGAGACGUGACUUCAAACUCAAGGUUCCAGAGUAUUUCAACUUUGCUCAUGAUGUCUUGGACCAAUGGACUAAUUCAGAAAAGGCUGGAAAGAAGCCUUCCAAUCCAGCCUUCUGGUGGAUAAACGGAAAAGGAGAAGAAGUCAGAUGGAGUUUUGAGGAGCUGGGGUCCUUGUCUAGGAAAUUUGCCAAUAUCCUUACAGAAGCCUGUGCUCUUAAAAGGGGAGAUCGCGUGAUUGUGAUUCUGCCCAAGAUCCCCGAAUGGUGGCUUGCCAAUGUAGCCUGUCUGAGAACAGGGACAGUCAUGAUUCCAGGAACCACUCAGCUGACCCAGAAUGACGUCCUUUACAGACUGCAAACUGCAAAAGCAAAGUGUAUCAUUACAAAUGAAGAGUUAGCCCCUGCUGUGGAUGCUAUUGCAUCUAAAUGUGAAGAUCUUCACUCUAAGCUAAUUGUGUCUCAGAACCCCAGAGAGGGAUGGGGGAAUCUCAAGGAGAUGAUGAAGCAUGUCAGUGAUACCCACACCUGUGUGAAGACAAAGCACGAUGAGCUCAUGGCCAUUUACUUUACCAGUGGAACAACUGGAUCUCCUAAAAUGACUGGACACACUCACAGCAGUUAUGGUUUAGGAUUAUCGAUAAAUGGAAGGUUCUGGCUGGAUUUGACACCUUCAGAUGUGAUGUGGAAUACUGCAGACACGGGCUGGGCAAAGUCAGCGUGGAGCAGUGUCUUUGCUCCAUGGACCCAGGGAGCAUGCGUCUUUACCCAUUAUUUACCACGUUUUGAGUCAACUGACAUCCUGGAAACACUUUCCAAGUUUCCGAUCUCAGUCUUCUGUUCAGCGCCGACUGGGUACCGCAUGCUUGUACAGGAUGAUAUGAGCAGCUACAAGUUCAAACACUUAAAGCACUGUGUGAGUGCCGGGGAGCCCAUCAACCCUGAGGUGACCGAGCAGUGGAAGCAGAGGACCGGUCUGGAUAUCUAUGAGGGAUACGGACAGACUGAAACGGUGCUAAUCUGUGGGAAUUUUAAGGGAAUGAAAAUUAAGCCUGGCUCAAUGGGAAAGCCUUCUCCAGCUUUUGAUGUGAAGAUUUUAGAUGCAAACGGCAAUGUUCUCCCUCCUGGACAAGAAGGAGAUAUUGGCAUUCGAGUUCUGCCCGAUCGACCAUUUGGCCUUUUUGCUUAUUACGUAGAUGAUCCUACAAAAACAGCUUCAACUUUACGAGGCAAUUUCUAUAUCACCGGGGACAAGGGCUAUAUGGACGAGGACGGGUACUUCUGGUUUGUUGCAAGAGCAGACGAUGUCAUAUUAUCCUCUGGUUACCGAAUUGGACCGUUUGAGGUCGAAAGUGCUCUGAUUGAGCACCCUGCAGUUGUCGAGUCAGCCGUUGUGAGCAGCCCAGACGCCCUCAGAGGAGAGGUAGUGAAGGCUUUUAUUGUUCUGAACCCCGAGUACAAGUCACAUGAUCAAGAACAACUGAAAAAAGAGAUUCAGGAACAUGUAAAAAAAUCUACAGCACCUUACAAAUACCCCAGAAAGAUAGAAUUUAUCCAAGAGUUGCCAAAGACGAUCAGUGGGAAGAUAAAAAGAAAAGAACUGAAGAAGAAAGAAUGGGGAACAAUUUAAAUUCAUUCCAUUAUCAUGGUACAAGAUAAAGACGGACCCUGAAG